AUGCAGGAGACCCCGGUUCAAUUCCUGAUCAGGAAGAUCCCCUGGAGAAGGGAUAGGCUACCCACUCCAGUAUUCUUGGGCUUCCAUUGUGGCUCAGCUGGUAAAGAAUCCGCCUGCAAUGCGGGAGACCUGAGUUUGAUCCCUGGGUUGGGAAGAUCCCCUGGAGAAGGGAAAGGCUACCCACUCCAGUACUCUGGCCUGGAGAAUUCCAUGGACUAUCCAUGGAGUCGCCAAGAGUCAGACACGACUGAGCGACUUUCACUUCACUUCACUUUGCGUUGUUCAUACCAACUGUCUAAGCCCCUCAGUGUGAAAACAGUAUACCAAUAUGAUACUUUUAACCCACCAAAUGACACUGUUGUGAUGAGACUCUCAGAUGACCUCUAUGAUUCUUCCCAUUUCUUGCCAUUCUCAUUAGAAACUGCUUUGUAA